CAAAACACAAGAAACUAUUGAAGACUGUAGGGUUAUGGGAAUUUCUACAUGUGGAUUUCGGCCAACAGAUGGAACGCGACAUGUUGGUUCAGCUGAUUGCGUUUUAUAGCUCAGAGUAUCAUCGUAGAUGCAGCUACAUUGGGAAACAUGGACACCCAGUGAAGAUGACCUCGACGGAGCUAGCCAGAGCUUUGAGGUUGCCUCCACCAAGAGAAAUCACGGAGAAGGAAAAGGAGAUAGUGGAAAGUGAAGAGUCGGUGCGGUUCCUGGAAGAAGUGGUACGCAAGUGGAUGUUACUUCCUCACGAUGGUGCAGUGGUAGUACGGGAUUUGCCCGAGUUUAAGGAACGCGGGUCGAUUUGCUCUGGGGCAGGGUUGAGAGAGAGAGUUGAAAGCGGAUCCUCCUGUUGGCGAUUGUUUCUAUGCAACGCAUCUACAACUCCUAGUGAAUACUCAGUGGCGGAAGAACCAGAAGAUGAUACAAAAGGAGGAGGUUAUCAGAGUUUGCACGAUCAUGACCAUUCAAGAGAGUCGCAGUCAAGCACAACCAAAAACAAACACAAUAUGAAGGACAUGACUGCAGAGCACAAGGGUGAGGAGCUGAAGAAAGCAAUAGCAGAGAAGGAUGAGGAGAUGAAGAAAGCAAUAGCAGAGAAGGAUGAGGAGAUGAAGAAAGCAGUAGCAGAGAAGGAUGAGGAGUUGAAGAAAGCAGUAGCAGAGAAGGAUGAGGAGUUGAAGAAAGUAAUGAAGGAGAUGAACGAUAAGCGGAUGGAAGAGCGGUGUGACUUAGAACAGUUAGAGUAUACGAACUCGGCACUCCUCAUAAAAGAGCGUCAAAGCAACGAUGAGAUACAAGAAGCACGCAGAGAGUUGAUUAGGGGAUUGAGAGACUUAUCAGGAUCCACCGUCCAAGGUACUCAAUCUUUGCCACCGCCCAUUCCGGGUUUGACAUAUAACAUGGUGCCACCGCCCACUACAGGGUUUGACAACGGCUCGUCAGCCCCUUAUCGAUCACUACAACUUCACAAUUGUCCCUCGUUG